AUGCCCCAAUGGCAUGGAUGGGCUCGUUCGGCCCUGCUGUCGGAGCCUCCACCCCUCGAGGCACAACCUAUCUGGCAUGGUCGCAGGCUGAUGCACCUUGCCCUCCGUUUGCAAGACUCCAACGUUCCCGGAUGGGAUGCAUCAAAGUAUGCGCAAAUAGUGGCUCACUUUGUCUCCUCCAUCGACGCAUUGGUGUCUUCCAGCGACGGAAUCGAAACUCUGAUGCUCGAGGCUAUGUACUACGUCAAUGAUGGGAAACUUGAAGAAGCAUUUCUCCGGUGCCGUCGAGCCAUGUCGAUAGCCCAGCUUCUGGGUCUCGACCGUGCGGGAUGGACAAACAACACGAUUCUCCGCCGUCUUAUAUUUGGCGAUCGCGUCAUGUCCCUGGAACUAGGCGUGGCGCACUUUGGGGUCACGAAUUAUGGAUCGCUUGACGAUGUCGAUCCGAUUGCCCGGUUGGAAAGGAGCCAUGUAAUAACUGCUACUCGAAUUAUCGAACGAAACUUACGCAUGAUGAACACAAGUCCAGAGUCGACACGGGCUGAGACGCAGGGCAUUGACCAAGUGAUGAAGAAGGUGAUGAUGGAUCUUCCGUCAGGCUGGUGGUCAGCGUCAACGAAGAAAUCGCUCUCAACCCUCACGGAGGAUAAGGCGAUGGAAGAAACUAUGAAGCUGAUCUCUCAGGUAAAUCACUACUGGCUGCUCAUGCAACUCCAUCAACCACCUAUCAUACUGGACCUCUGCUGCCCUGUAAGUUCUGGGACGAACUCGUACUCGAGAACAGUCUUGGCCUCCUCAUGUCGUCAGGUCCUCUCGCGCUUUCUACUCAUACGGAAAUAUCAUGGUGGUGGACUAUACCGCGGCGCCGAUCCCAAGGCGGUCUCGGCUUCCAUCGGGCUUCUCCUGGCACACAUCGAUGGUCAUCGGGAUAGCACUGAUAAUGCGUUGGAGCAUCUACGACCACAAGACAUGGAUCUCAUCCGCGAUUCACUUGAUCUGUUCAAAGCCCUCUCGAGACCGAAUUCGGAACUAUCGGCUCUACAAAGUUUGCUCGCAAUUGAAUCAAAGGCAGCCGGUGGAACCGAUUAUAUGUUCUCGACGACGACUGAAGAUGCACUACGAUUGACGUUACCCUACUUCGGCACCAUGAGUUUGAUACCGAUAUCAUCUGGGGUGGGAGGUCGUGAAACUGAAUCUUUAACUCUCUGA